UUUUUUUUUAUUCUUUUUCUCUUUAUUAAAACAAUGGGUGCACAGGCUUCAAAACAAGUAACUAGAAAACUACCUAGAACAGCUCAACCAGAAACACUCAAGUCAACACCUCGUGAAUCACCUUCCACUUUACAGUCAGCACAACAAAACAGUCGAUCUUCUGAUACAACGAAGGAUGACAUUUUGGAAGUAGAAAUAGAACAAGAACGUAGCAAUCCUCAACUUUUGGAAAAUCUGGCUAAACUUGGUCCUGUUACCAUACCUCCAACGAUCACUCGAAUGAGACAGUCUGAUGCUAUGUUGGGUAUUUUACAUGAACGAAAACGUAUGGAAAGAAUGGAGGCGAAUGAUAACCAAAGAUCAAAUAACCGAAUCACAACAGACGAAUUAUUCUCAAUAUUGGAACAUAGAAAACAUUUACCUCCUAAGGCACUGGAAGAACAACCUGAAACGUGGCAAAAAAUCAGUAAAGAAAGUGGAGGUGUGGAUAUAACAGCUCUUAAAACUUUAUUCAAGUACUACAAUACCGUUACUGUCAUGCCACCGAUGAAUCCGGAAGAUAAGGAGGAACGACGGCUUGGACUGUGGGUGGAAAAUAAGGAGGAGUGGAAGCAACGUGUAGAUGAAACGCAUAAACGAUAUCAAGAACAACAAGCCAAAGAAGAUGCUCGACGAGACAUAGAUCAACAACAGAAAUCAACGGAACAAUCACAAACGCAAGAAGAAAGAAGACAACGACAAUUGAGAGACUUAUUUUCUGAUCAUGAUUAGUUUAGUUCAAUCAAUAUACAUACACAUACAUCAUUUACAAUAAAGAUUUUAUUUCAUCAUCUUCAUUCUUUAUAUAUGUAUAAUGGUAUCCAGAUCAAGGUUUAUAUCUUUCUAUCAAUAAAGUCAUAUUCAU